AUGGCAUGUGCACCUCCCGCUGGCCUUGCGACUCAACGUGCUCAAGACCCAAGCCAUGCCGACUGGAAAGAGGUGAGGCUGGCUCUGUCUACCGGCAUCUCUCUACCAACUUAUUGGUGGCACUCCCCAGCUGAAUCCAGUGAAGCUUCAACUGCGGUACUUUGCUUGCACGGUGCCGGAGAUGUUGCCUUGGUGUGGGCACCAGUUGCCAGACGACUCCGGGAACGAAUUGGAGGAACUAUCAUUGCCGCCGACCUUCGGGGCCAUGGUGGAGCAGUGGUGGAUGAGCGUCUCGAUGAAAGCCUCGGACUGCAACGGUUGCUGCCCGAUGUUUUAUCGCUGAUUCGCUGCGCCAGCGAAAGAUUGCAGGGCAAAGGCAGCCUCGUCCUGUGCGGGCACUCGCUGGGAGGAGCUUUAGCUGCACGUGCAGCAGCAGAGGCUCUCAAAGCGAAGCCUCCACUUUCUGUGCAAGCCACCAUUUUGCUGGAGUCUGUGGAGGGUACAGCUGCAGAGCUGCUUCCACGCAGCAUUGCGUGGAUGCAGGCCAGACCUGGCACCUUCAAAAGCUUGGAGGAUGCCAUUGCAUGGUCCCUGUCUUCAGGGAUGCUGACGGAUCCGCAAGCAGCGAGAGAGAACAUCCCACCUCGUCUACAUCACGAGGUCCAGGCUGACCGGGAAUCGUGGUCCUGGAUCACCAACGUGUCCGAGGCUAUUGCUUGUUGGCCCGAGUGGUUUGAUGGCGUGAGUUCUCUCUUCGUGAGCUUGCCCAUGCCAAAGCUGCUCAUUGUGGGAUCUGUGGACCGAAUGGAUGCCACAUUGGAGGCUGCGCACAUGCAAGGUCGCUUCCGAUUGGAAGUGGUUCCUCACCCGGGACAUUUCAUUCAUGAAGACCGUCCAGACGAGGUGGCCGAGGCAAUAUCGAAGUUCCUGCAGCAGCUACAACAGCAGCAGAAAGCCUUUGCAAAGCUCAUGGAGCGCCGCGCGAAUGCCUAA